UUUGGAGACACCCUAUUGGCCAGUUUUAUAAUCUACGCGGUAGCACGCUGACCAAUCAGAGCGCAGGCGGCGCCAAGUCAAAUGUGAACAGACAGAGCCGCUUCAGAGGUUUCUGCUUUUACUGUACGACCAGUGCACAACACAGCGGGAAAAUUCCCAUUGAUUUGACCUGUUUGAAGCUUCACAAUGGACGUCACAGUGUCAAGGCGGAACCACAAAAGAGAAAACAAGGAAAAUGCUCAGCCAAAGUCCUUUAUCAAAAGAGAGAAACCGUCUGCUCCCUCCCACCUGAAAAGCGGCAAAAGAGAAGAAACCUUGGCAAAAAAUGUUCUCCAAGCCAAAGCCAGACAGGCUGACACACGGUCAACGUCUGAUAAGCCUCUGAAAAAGGUACUGACUGUGCAGAGAGAGGGUACUGAUGUCCAGCGACAAACGCAUAGCCGGGCCUUCCUCGCUGAAAAGGCUGUGAAAGACAAAAAAAUAAUUGCAGCAGAAGCUCCACAGCAACCAGCAGCUGUGCCCUCCUCAAAAUCAGCCCCUGGUAUGUACAAAGGCAAGAUUAUCGAGUCAAAAAUUGGAUCCAUUUGGAAAUCAAGUGCCACAGUAAGCAGUACAGGCCCUAAACCAGAGAGCCAGAGGGUUGGAAAGGUGACGCAAACUGGAUCCACCUGGAAGUCGAGUGCUACCCUGAGCAGAGCAGGUUUCAAACCAGAAAGCCAAAGAGUUGGAAGGGUGACAAAAAUGAUCUCCAGAUCUGCUGCUGACCUGCCAAAGAUUCCAGCGACGGACAAGAAGGUCAACCGACCUGUUGUCUCAAGCACUCUCAGCCAGUACAGACUGACCACGGAGACUGCAGAGGAAAGAAGAGCGAAACUGGCACAGUGGCAAGCUUCCAAGGGCAAAACCUUCAAGAGACCAGCCAUGACAGCAGCAGCACCCCCAAAAACCAAAGUCUGUGCAAAACCUAAAGCUAAUCUCCGACCAGAGUCUCAGCCAGCUGCACAGCGCAACCCCGAACCUGAACUCGGCGCGGAAGCACACAAGCCAGCCUCUGCCGCUGAUGCUCAGAGAGCAGAGUCAACAACGCGCAGCCGAACUCCAGCGAUCAUGGACACCACCGUAGAUCUGCUCUCCAACUCUGAUGCCGAUCUGCCUGUUGACCCACAGGACAGAAUGGAUGACAUUGUUGUGAACCUGUGUGACGCUUUGGAAGCCAUGUCGACACCUUCUACAUGCCAAGAUGACCUUCCCCAGUUGACAGAUGUGUGCAGUGCUGUCGUGAAGGAAAGCAACCCAGAGGAUGAAUGUAGGAAAGAGGAGCUGAAGAAUGAAACGCCUGAGGAUGUCAGCGAGCAGCCAAAGGUUGAGCAAGUGAAGGACGAAGGAGAAGAAAGUGAAAGUGAGACGGAAGGUGAUGAAGAUGAUGAUGAGGAGGAGGUAGAUAGUGAUGAUUGUGUGAUGGAGACCACACCACAGAGGGAGGAGGCUUCAGUAGUAAAGUACAGUAUAAAGACUACACCAUACCUGCAGAGUAUCAAGAAGACAAUCGAAGGCGAUGUCGGCGCAAGCGCAUCCAGGAGGAAGAGCAACAUCAAAGAUCUUAAGUUUCUGACUCCGGUGCGACGUUCCAGCCGCAUCCAGCGCAAAUCGUCCCGCCUCCCGACGAUGCUGAUGGAUCACGAUACCUGCGUGUCGUCUCUGGCUGAGCUGGUGAAGAUGGACGACGAUCCCAACGCCUACAUCUAUAGAAAAAACCCCGCACUCCUGGAAGAUCUGCCAGACCAGCCCAGGCUGUGAGGAGCUCUGUAUAUUUGUGCUUUUGAAAAGAAAAGAAAAUAAAUCAACUUGAUAAAUGUACUGGACUGGGGCUAACGGACACUUUAUAACUCCUUUUAACACUUUUUAAAUGGUUUUACUAACCUGAAGCUGUAAAGAACUGUUUUAUCAUUUUUAAGGGAGGGCGGGCAUGAUUCCUGUCUAGCUUUCUUCUCUGUUCUGAAUGUAUUCUAGACUUUCCUCUAACACUAUACUUUUAUUAUUUUAACAAAGUUGGCAUGUAUUGCCAAAUGCACAAUAAAAGAAUAUUGCCUUAACUUAAAA